ACAUCCGGUCCUUAUUAAAAUUCCAUACAGUAGCCCAGUAGCCAAUCAAAGUUCAGAGCGACGCCAUAUACAUCUGUACAACACCAACUCGCUCAAGCGGAGAAUCGGUGAACUACUUUUUGCAGUUUGAAAUUUUUUCGCAAACGAGCUGUUGGUUACCGUUGGAUUCCUUCUCGUCGAGUCGACGACGUCGACCUAUGGUUGUAUAUUCACGUUGCUGUUCGUAGGGCUGUUAACGCCAUAUCGCAGUCAGUGAAUUAGAGAAAUGAAGUGAUUUACUGCUGUUUGAAGUCUGAAGCGUGCAUUUUGGCUUCGAGAAGAUGAUGGGUGCGUAACAAUAGUGGAAUUCUUUUAUGUUCAUGUUCAGUUGCAGAUCCCUUGUUUGGACCAUGCGAGUAGACACCCACUGCAGCUAUGGGUGUAAUUGAUCCUUGUACACAGGCAGCUUUUCAAACUGAAAAUGGUUCCAGUGCUGUUGAACAUGCUGUACAGCAAGUGCAGCAGAUCUCUUAUUAUGGCCUUGGUGAAAGAUGGAUGCUUUCAAGUUUGUCUCCAUUUUCAGAUCUUUUUCACCCUAUCCUUGUACUUGAACUGGUGCAGAGAGCCAUUCUGGGAGAUGAUCUGCGCCUUCGGUGUGUG